AUGUAAGGGGCUAUAGCGGCUGGCUUAGCAAUGAAACUAACAAUAACUUUCGAGACCUAAACAGCAGAGGAUAUUCAUGAUAUGAUACAGAUAAUAUCAGACAAUGGUUAUGAAAGAAAUAUCCCUUUGCACGCAUAUGCGACUUGCGGUUAAUUAAUUUUCGAGCCAUUUAUAAAUUUAGGUUUCGUGAAAUUAAAAAAAGAAAAAAAGGAAAACAUAUUAUUUAAAAAUGAGGGAAAUUCAAGUUGCAAAGUAGAACUUAAAUGUCAUGACUGUAAAUAAAUAUAAUUCCAACCUGCCUAGUUUUCAAUAAAAGCAGGGUAAGAAUACGAAGCAUUUUUUACUUAUACACCAUAAGAAGCCGGCAUUUACCGCGGAGUUAUAGAUGUUAUAACAGACGCGUAGUGUAUUUAGAAAUUUAUAGAUAUAAAUGCCACUUCGGUUGAUUUUAAUAGAUUUGUAAUAGAUGAAGGGGGAAAUUAGAUAUCUUAGUUUGAUUUUGGAGUAUUUUAUUAUGGGUAGAGGAAAUAAGUUGUUGGAUUUUUAGUCAAUAAUACUCCGAAAAAAUACAAGUUUAAAACUAGGUUUAAAUAUGGGCUUUUAUAUAAUUUAGAUGAUAUCACUAAUGUGUAACCACCGAAUGUUUUCGGAAGAGAACUCACGGAAAAAAUAAUGUUUUGCGAACCUUCAGAAGGCUUCAUUAAUAGUUAUUCGUAAAUUAAAUUGGUAUUUUAAUGUCAGGCUAUUGUAGAAUACGAUAAUAAGGUUUGGACGUAAAAAUAUUCACUAGAUAAAUAAGAAAUGGCCUUGAAAAUCUAAGAUUAUUCAUAUUCGGCUAUAUUUGAGAUUGAAGGAGAAACAUAAGAUCCUACUAUUUUACAUUUAACUGGGAGAGGAAUUUGUCCUAUGGUUAAAAUUAAUAAACAUGUACUUUAGUUUGGUAGUUGCUAAGUUAAUGAGCAUAGGGAAAUGACUUUUGAAAUAAAUAAUAGAAAUAAAGAAAUAUCUGUAGAUAUUAAUAUUCCUAAUGUACCUGGAUUUUAAUUUUAGCCUUAAAGUUUUGUUCUUUUAGCUGAUUAAACUAUGGUUGUUAUUGUAGCUUUUAAACCUAAAGGUAUAGGUUAGUUUAAAUAAAAUCUUGUAUUAAAACUUAUUGAUGGGUAAUAUGAAUUAAAGAUUAAAUUACUUGGUAGUUGUACUUAAAUUAAUAAAAAUAAAAUAAAGUAAACUCGAGGACCUGAAAGUUUACCUGAAGAUUACGAUUAUGAAAAAAUAUAUAUAGAUUAGGAGAAAUGUAAUGAUGAAUGUUUUAAUGAAGAUAAUACUACAUAAUAAUAAUAAUUUUUGUCGAAAAGUCUAUAAAAAUUUAAAAUUGGUGUCUAUCCGAAAUUUCUGGAUGAAAUAAAAAAUGAUACUUAAUAUUAAUUAGAGAAAAUUAAAGAUUUUUAAAGAUUAUUCGAUAAUAGAUAGAAAUAUAAUAAUGAAUUAAAAAAUUAAAGACACGAAAGGAUUAAAUAAGAAAAAGAUAUAAUAAUUUAAAAAAAAUUCGAAUAAAUGAAAGAAAAACUAAAAAUGUUAGGAAUUGAAGACGAUAUAUAAAAAGAUAUAGAUGAAGAUGAAAACAAUAAUAAUUAGAUUAAAACAAAUAAUAAUGGAAUACGAAAUUUAGAUGCUCCUAUAGAUUAUGAAUAUGAAGUAGGUAUGGUAAAUACAAAUAUUUCAGUCCCUCAGUUAUAAUUACCUGAAGCUAAAGAAACACUUUUUGUUACAAAGCCUAUUGAUGAAUAUGAACCUUUUAAAUAGGAUGAAAAUAAAUAAUUUGAUAUGAAUCCUAAUGUUAUGAUAAAGAAAAAAUUUCCCAGUGAACCUAAGAAUCAUUCUGAAAUAAGAGAUUCAAGUUAAUAAUUGACCGGUUAAUAAUUAUAGAAGAUAUUUGCUGGACCAAUUCAUAUUAAUUUUGGCAAUGUUUAUGUUAAUUCUGAAUCCUUGAAAUGUUUUAAAGUAAGAAAUGAUUUAAGAACUUCUAUUUCGGUUAAAUUAUUUACUGAUAGAAAUGAUUUUAAAAAGACUUAUUAAUAAACUUAAAUUAUUCCAAGUGGUUAAACAGCUGGAUUUGAAGUUGUCUUAAAUUCAAAAAAUAUUGGUGCACUUAAAACUAAUAUAAAAUAUACUAUUAAUGAAAAACAUCCGUUCGAAUUCUAAGUUAUGGCAAAUAUAGAAUAAGUAAAACUCGAAAUGUCAAAAAACUAAAUUAAAAUGACAUUCAGUGAUGAUAACAUUGAAAUGACGACUUCGGAAAGUAUAAAACUUACAAAUAAUGGAAAUGCAAAUGCGAAGUUUUCCUGGAUAAAUAAUAAUGCUAACAAAUGUUUUAGUGUUAAACCUGAAGAAGGAAUAGUUUAGGCUGGCGGAGGUAUUGUUGAAUGUAUUAUUACAUAUACACCAUCAAAUAUUGUGCCGGUUAUAAAUGGAAAUUCUACAUCAGGCUUUACGAUGAAUUAAUAAAAUAAUAAUUAAUAAAAUAUUUAAAGAACUGAAGAAGAAAAACUUAUUCUUAAAGUAAUAGAUGGAUAGGAUUAAUAUUUAAAAUGUAUUGGUACUUUUAUUGAGGCUAGAUGUAAUUUAAAAAUUAAUUAACUUGAUUUAAAGUAAAUACCUGUUGCAUAAAUAGAAAAUAAAUAAUUUGAAAUUAAAAAUAAUAGUAGAUAAUAAGCUGUAUAUUGUAUAUAUUAAUAAAAACUGCCAUCUUGUUUAGAAGUAUUAAAUCCUUAAGGUAAAAUAGGUCCUGAUGAAUCUAAAAUUAUAUAUAUAAAAUUCUUAUCUAAAUUAGAAUAAGAAAUAAAAGGUGAAAUCUUAAUAUAUAUUCGUGGAGGAAAAACACUUAAAUUACCGUUUUCUGUAUAGACGAUAAUACCUGAAAUCGAAAUAGAGGAGGAUAAAUUUGAUUUUGGAAACAUAACAACUUUAGGUAAUCCAGGAUAGGCAUUAAUGAACAUUGUCAAUAAAUCAAUUUUAAAUUCUUAAUUGAUUAUUGAUUUAAGAACGGGGGAAGAUGCCGGAGAAAAUUAAAAAGACGGAAUAGAUUGCCUGGAAAUUAUUCCUAUAAAAGAUGAUGAUUAAGACGAAAGUUUUCUUCAUGUUAUUGAGGAAGGAUAAGAAGAAUCUUAAUUAUUUGAAUAAAAUAAUAUAAAAUAAAUUUUUUUAAAUAAACUAAAUAAUAAUAAUAAUAACGAGAUCGAUUUUGAUGAUGAUGAAAGGUCUUCUUAAUUUUCUGAAAAUUAAAACGAUGAUGAUAAAAAGCCUAAAUACUUUCUUUUGAAUAUAAAGGCAGGACAAAAAGUUUCAUUUUAAUUAAAAUUCUUACCCAAAAACUUCAAAUUAUACAAAUUUAGAAUUCCUAUAAUUCUUAAAAAUUAUGGAGUUAUCCCAGGACUUAAUAAAAUGGUUAUUUGUAGAGGAUUAAAACCCAAAUUUUUAAUAGAUCCUUAAAUUUUAGAUUUUUAAAGAAAAAUCAUCAUUGAACCAGAUAAAGUUUCAUUGGGAAAAUAAAAAUAACUAUCUUUUUCUAAUCCAGAUAAAAAUACAGUUAAAUGGAGAAUAGAUACUACAUUUCUUGAACAAAGAAAAGUGUUCGAAAUUAGUCCCUCUAGUGGAGAAGUAGGACCUGGUGAAACUAAAUUUAUAACUGUUUCUUUUAAUCCUUUUGAAUAAGAUAAUUAUAAAGUAACAUUACCUUUAUAUGUGGAUGAUCCUGAAAUUUAAGUUAAUGUCGCUUAUAUGGAUAUUAUUUUAAAAGGCGAAGGCGCUUUCCCUAAAAUUUAAUUUGAUAGAAAAUAAAUAUUAUUACCUGUUGUUCCUUUAGAUAUAGAAUCUAGAUGUGUUUUUAGAAUAAUUAAUUGCGGAUAUGAGAAUUUAAAUUUAAAGUAUAGAAUAAUAGAUGAUUUAUAAAAACUUAAUUUAAAAUUGGAUUUUCCAGAAGGAAAGAAUUUGGGAAUAUCUAAAACUAAAAUUAAAGUUGAGGCCUCUUUUAUAAGCAAAAAACCGAUUUCUUUUACUACAAGGAUAGAAUUUUAUGACCAUGCGGAUCGAAUUUAUGAUAUAUAUAUUUCAGGAACAACUGAUAAUUGUCUUUUCUCGAAUUUUUCUUACUUAUAAAGGUGUUAGGGAGAAUAUAAAAUUGAAUUAGAUCACGAUAGGGCACCUAUUAUGCUUUAAGAAUGGGAUAAUGAUAUAAAUUCAGUCAAUGACGAACCUUCGGGUAAAAGAAAAAUAAUUGGAGGAGCGACUAGUGUAUUUUCGAACAAAACACUUUCUUCUUAUGGAGGAGGAAACGGAUCUAUGAGAGCAAUUUUAGGUUAUACACCCAUAUAGAAUUAGUUUUUGGAAUAAAAUGUUGAAUUUUUAACUAGAUGGCUUAAUUUUCAUGUAUUCACUUCGCCUAUUUAAAGUUUUCCUAUUAAUAUUAUUGAAAAUAACGGAAGUUAAUUAUUUGAGCUUCUUAUAUAUUUAACCCGAAAAAAUAAUUUCCCUUUUAAAUAAAAUUUUGAAUCUUUGAUUAAAAGAACAGAAAAAGUAAAUAAAUUAUAUAAACAGUAUGAUGAAUUAAUUAGAAGCCUUAAAAGCGAAGGCGCAUUAUUAAACCAUAUUAGACCCGAAAAUUUAUUUUCAUAUAGCGAUUAUAUUUUUUAUAUGAAAACAUUACCUUAGAAAAUAAUUGCGUAUUUAAGUCCUUCUGUUUUUAAGCUUACUUAAUAGAAAUUUUAAUAUAUAUCUAUUGAUGCAUGGACUACUUUAAUAUAUCAGAUGCUAAAAAUAUAUUUUUUGAGUAAAAUUAAUAUAAAAGCAUUCAAGAAUAUGCAAGGAAUACCUCCUGAUAAAUAAAAUAUUCCUGAAUAUCUAGAAGGAAGUAAUUUUAUUAAUUUAAAUGAAGCAAUUAUUUUACAUUGGUUUUAAAUUUAAUUUGAGGUUAUUUAACCUAAUUUUAAUAGAAGAAUUAGAAAUUUUGAUGAAGAUUUUUCAGAUGGUAUUAUUUUCGCAACGGCUAUAUAAGCUUAUAUAGGUAAAUCUUGUUAAAAAUAUUUCUAAUAAAUGAGAUAAAAUUGUAGUAAUAUAUAACAAAUUAAUUUUAAUGCUGAAAAAUUAAUAUAAGGGUUAAAUUAAAUAGGCCUAUAAACACAUUUGGUUGUUAAUGAUUUUGCUAAACCUUCUAUGAGAGAAAUUCUUUUAUCAAGUAUAUAGUUAUUUCACUCAUUGCCGCAUUACAUUCCUAAAGAAUAAGUUAUAGUAUUUUAAUGUGUUUUAGGAGAAGAAGUAAUUAAAAAUAUCGAAUUAUCUAAUCCUACAAAUAAACCUAUAAGUUUUUGGGUAAAUUUAGAUCCUCCAUAAGGAGAUUUUUAAUUAGAAGGAGGCGAUAGCUUCGUUAUAGAACCUGGUUUAGUUGCUUAUAAAUAUAAAGUGAAGUUUGUUUCUAGAGUUUCAGAACCUGUUAGUGCAAAAAUACGAUUUACAAACAAAAAAGAGAGCAAUGUAUGUGCUGCCGCUCUUGUAUUUGAACUUAAAUCCUAAAUAACAGGUAGAGUAUCAGAUUUUACAUGGAAUAUAAGUAGUCCUUUAUAUGAACCAUUUGAAAAAAUUAUAAGUUUUACAAAUAAAUUUUAAUAAAAUGCCGAUUUUUAGAUUAUUUUAAUUUCUGAUAAUUAUAAAAAUUCGGAAGAUAAAAAAAAUAAAAAAAACUUUUUAAAUUAGACUUAAUUUUCAUAAAAUACUGAAUUACAAAUUCCUAAUUAAUAAAAUAAUUUUAAUAAUAAUAAUGUUUUCCCUGCUUUUUUCUGCUAAAGGUCUUGCAUUAAAGUUCUGAAAUAAUAAACUGUCAAUAUUCCAAUAAUAUUUGUUCCUUUAUAAUUAGAAACUUAACAAAGCUAUAUUAUUUUUCGAGAUCCAAAUGUUGGAGAAUGCUAACAUGAAAUAAUAGGAAAUGUAGACUAGCCAAAUUUUACAAACGAAAUCUUAAAAUUUCCCAAUAAUUCAAAUGGAGUUAUUUAUGUUGACGAACCGCAUUAAUAUGAGUAAGAAAUUUCUCAUAUAAACGAUAAUAUGAUAAAGGCUAGAAAAUAUGUAGAAUAGCUUUUCAUUGAAAAAAAUAGAGAUAAAUAAUUUUCUAAAAAUGAAUAAGGAAUUAGUAAUACUGUAGUGGGUAAAAAUACACAAUCUUCAGUUAUUAAAAAUGAGAAAAUAAACUUCCCGGGAGGCUCCACAGAUACAGUAGUUUAUGAUGUAGAAAUAUAACCCCCAGCUUCUUUUAUUUCAAUCAAAAAUACAUUUACGGUUUCUAAUCCUUAUAAAAUCAACCGAAAAGAAAAUAAAUAAAUAGAAGAUAAUAAUAAUUCAGGAUUAUACCAAGGUUCAGGAAUAAAUAGACUUUAUUUUUAAUUUAUAUUUAAAUAUCCUGUUAAAGAUUACAGAUUUUUUCUAGUAUUAAAAAAUGCAACCAAAACAGACAUCAGGAGAUACAAAUGUGAAGUCACUUCUUUUCCAAAACCAAUAAAAGCUAUUUUGGAAUUCAGAGUACCAGCAAGACAUUCUAUUGUUUAGGAAAUCCCUAUUGUUAAUAAUUCCGAUAAAGAAUGGAAUAUAAGGGUCCAUAUUACCCAAGAAGGGAAUAACAGUAAUUUAUUUUAAACUUAAAGCGCAUUGUUGUAAAAUUUUAUCAUAAAGAAAAAAUCCACAGCUUAUUUUCCUAUUAAAUUCGCUCCAGUAUGGAUUUGUGAAGCUGAAAGUAAGCUUACUUUAUAUAAUCCUUUAACUAAUGAUUAAUUUGAGUAUAUUCUUAAGGGUUUUGGAGAAGAACCGGUUGCUGAAGAUCAUAUUGUGAUAAAUUGUAAGGCUAAAUAAUAAACUAUUAAAGAAAUUGAAAUAAAAAAUCCCUAUCCAGAUCGGGAAGUUACAUAUAAAGUUGAAACUGAUCUCAUUGGUUGUUCUGGAGAUAAAUUUAUUAGUAUAAAAGGGGGAAAAAAAAUUAAGUAUGUACUUAAUAUUAUGCCUAUUUUAAGUGGAUAAUAUACUGGUUCGAUUACUUUUUAUGAAAACGAUAAUAAGUAUUUGUGGUAUACUAUUCUUUUAAAUACUGAAAGUCCGAAAGCAGAUUAAUAAAUUGAUCUUUAAACUUUUAUUAGACAAGCGGUUAGUUUUAAUAUUGAAAUGCAAAAUCCGCUUAAUAAAUCUGUUAUUUUCGAUGUGGCGAUUUCUGGAAGUGGAUUAAUAGGUGAAAAUAGUCUUUAUAUACCUGCUAAUUCAUUGGCUAAAUAUGAUUUAGUUUUCGCACCUUUGUUUGUAGGAAAAUAAAAAGGAUCAAUUGCGUUUAUCAAUGAAUUUUUAGGGGAAAUUUGGUACGAGUUAAAUUUAUGUUCUGAAGAAAAUAUUCCUAUGAGACUUAAUUUGCUAAAAUGCGAGUUAGGGAAAGUGGACUGUCAUGAAAUUUAUUUAGAAAAUCCUUCUGAGAAAGAAGUUAAAGCUUAAGCAAUAAUUAAUAAUCCAACUAAUUUUGCAGUUUCUCCUGAUAAUAUAAUACUUAAACCAUAAUCUAGAACAUAAAUAAAAAUAAUUUAUAUGCCAUCAAAUUUAGAUACAUAAGAAAAUGGAGAAAUAUAAAUUUAAACAUAAGAAAUAGGAAGUUGGAAAUAUUUAUUAUUUGGUAUAGGCAUACCUCCAACUAAAUUUCCUUAAAUAAUAGUGUCUGUAGGACUAAAUAAAAAUUUUUCAUCAACAAUUCAUUUUAAAAAUCCUUUCAAAGAAUCGAUAAGCGUAACAGCAAUAAUGGUAAAUGGAUAAGAUACAUUCAAAUUAAUAACUAAAGGAAAAUCUGAAAAAGCUAUUAUUUAAGUUCCUGGAAUGAAUGUAAUUUAAAUUCCUUUUUCAUUUUCACCAAGGGAAAUCAAUACUUUUUAUGCUGAAAUUGUUGUUACCAUGAAUGAUAAAGUUUCUUGGAGAUAUCCACUUAAAGGAAUUACUGAAAGUGUAGUUAAUUAAGUUAUUUAUCAUUUAAAAAGUUAAUGUAGAUCUUAAAGUGAAUAAGAAAUCAAAAUUAAACUUCCCGGAAUUAUAGACGUUAAAGGAAAUUAAGAUCCUUUUAUUUUAGAAUUAGAUGAACUUCCAAAAGAGUUUAGUAAAUUAAUUAAAUAAAGCUUAAUUAUUAAAGCUAUUAAGAAUUAUUUAGAAAAUCCUUAAGAUGAACUUAUUUUUUCGGCUAAAUUUAGCCCUUUAAAACCUUUCAAAUAAAAUGUUGAUAUUAACAUAAUUAGAUAAUGUGGGGGAAGAUGGAAAUUUAAAAUAAUACUUGAAGCAACAGAAUCUAAAGAAGAUGAUAUAAUAUAUAUAAGUUCUAAUUUAAAUAAAACAUCUACUGUAUCUUUUAAAUUAACAAAUAAAUCUAAAUCUUAUAUGCCAUUUACUGCAUCAUUUACUCCUGAUUCAGAUGCUGAAUUCACUGUUUCUCCUAAAUCUGGGGAAUUAGAAUAAUAUGGAAGAGAAGGAACUACCUUUUUUAUAUCUUUUACUCCCAUAGAAUAUGGAAAGCCUAAAAGUGGUAAACUUAUAAUCUAAACAGAAGAAAUGAUGUGGUAAUAUAAAUAAUUUAUUAUUAUAGUUAAUUUAAUUUAAAAUCAUUUUUAAAAAAGGAUUUAUUUAGUUAAAGGAAAUUUACCUAAAUAUAAUCCACCUGUUGCUGAAUAAAGUAUGAUAAAUAAUAAAAUGGACUAAUUAAAUUUAAUUAAACAUUAGAAUAUUACUAUAAAAAAUUUUAUGGCUGAAAAUGUAAUUAAAGUAAAAAGUCCAAAAAAAAUAAAAAAUUGA